AUGUCGUUUUUAACACAGCUCUUCACAUGCUGCCUCCCCUCAUCGUAUACAGUACCACUGAUUACGAUCAAUAACAAUUCCUACAAGAUCAUCAAGCUUCUCGGGGAGGGCGGCUUCUCGUACGUCUACCUCGUGCAGUCGCCAAACGGCUCGCAGUACGCGUUAAAGAAAAUCCAUGCGCAGUUUGGAAACGCGGGAACCACGUUUGUCGUGGAUGAGGAAGACGAUACCGACACAGACACAUAUCAGCAAGCGAUGAACGAGAUCUACAACUACAGCGAGUUCCAGUCGCCUUACAUCAUGAAGACCAUCGCGCACUCGGUAGUGCAGAACCCGGAUGGCUCCAAAGACGUCUACAUUUUGCUUCCGUUCUUUGAGCAGUCGCUUCACGACAUUAUCAGCGGAAAGGUGUUGAACGGAGAAAAGAUGACCAAGACUGAAAUCCUCAAGAUUACCAUCGGUAUCGCACGCGGCCUCCAGGUGAUGCACAAGCACCAGAAGUCGCGAAACCCGCACCCAGCAGCGCAGCCGGCAGACCAGCAGACCCUUCUCGGAGCGUCCGAGGACACAGAACUCCAGAGCUUCGACUUGCAGCCACUUGCACACCGCGAUUUGAAGCCUGCCAAUGUCAUGCUCUCUCAGACUGGCCUUCCAGUGCUUGUAGACCUUGGCUCAACACAGCCAGCCCGUUCCACGCCCCAGACAAAACACCAGGCGUUACAGAUCCAAGAGCAGGCGGCGCAACAGUCAACGAUAUACUACCGCGCGCCCGAGUUGCUCGAGGUGGCGGUCGGUGAGCCAAUCUCCGAAAAAACAGAUGUCUGGUCGCUUGGAUGUGUUGUGUUUGCGAUGAUGUAUGGGGGCUUGUCGCCCUUUGAGAAGAUGGAGAUGGAACAGGGUGGAAAUGUGAAUAUGGCCAUCUCCAUGGGCGAGAUUCGUUUCCCCAGCACCAGAGCCGAUAUGGAGGACUUGCAAGACUUGAUCAGACAGUGUUUGGCGGUCAAUCCCCAGGAGAGAAUUGGUGUCGAUGAGGUGAUUACCGUGUGCUUGGAGAUCCAAUCGAGUUUGUAG